UGUUUAAUAAAUUUUUUUAUUAUGAGUUUUCAAUAUGUCUAAUUUUAUCGCUCUAUAAUACUCUAAUCAUCCGUUAGAGGUUGGUUGCGAACAUUUCAAAUAUUUCUUCAAAUCUGUUUACAUUUUUCACACGUCAGCGGCUAAUAGAGCUAUUAUAUGUGUGACCUUAAACAUGUUACGUACUAUUUCUGUUUCAAUAUCAUUUCAGAUAUUCGUAUUCCUUGGUCGUGGUAAGAUAGUGUAGUGAUAUCCUUCUUGAGUAAAGAGCUGUUUGCAGUAAUAACUAAUUGUACGGAUUUCUACUUACAUCGUUACACUUUAAAAUGCAGAUAGUUGAAAUAAAACUUUGCAUCCUAUUCCUUCAACACUUUCUAUGUGGUAUAAUGUUUACUACUAUGAUAACAUGUAUACAAGGGGAACAUCAGUCUACUGAAAAUAAAUCAUAUAAGGAACUUGGUUAUCGUUUAUCAAAAGAUCAUGUAUUGCCACGACACUAUAACAUCAAGAUAAUACUUUCUGAAACGUUGGACUAUUUUGAGAAAUGCGAAAGCGAAAUUGAUAUUGAAGUUUUGAACACAACGUCAAACAUAAGGUUACACAGUUCCGAUACGAUUGAAAAAAGCUCGAUAAAGGUGCGGAAGAAGAAAAGAUAUGAUAUUUCAUAUAAACCCAUAAACAUAACCUACUGCAAGGAAGAGAAUGUUCUAGAUCUCUAUUUCAAGGACCUGUUAUCUCCUGGAAUGUAUGUUCUAGUCAUACCUUACGACAAAAUUGUUCCUUAUGCCAUGGAGGAAGAAGGUUUUAUAAAAUUUUUAUUCAACCCUGUAGAAGCAAAUUUAACGCGUACAGUGGCGUCAACAAAUAUUCAGUCUGUUGAAGCACGAAAAUGGUUUCCAUGUUGGGACGAGCCGGACUUUAAAACAACCUUUAAAUUUAUAAUCAAUCAUCCCGAGGAUUACCUGCUGUGGCCAUUCUUGCCAGAUAUAUACCAAACAUAUAGAAAAGAUGAACGUAAAAGGAAAUGGGGCUGGGUACAUUUAGAUAUUGCACACAAUAUAUCUACUUACCAAGUGAUGUUUACACUAACUGAUGUAGUGCUUAUGCCUCGCACUGAAUAUACAUCACAUCUUACAUCAACCAACCUUCACAAAGCAAAUAAGAGCAAUAGGAUAUUAAGUAGAGCUCCCGUGGAAAAUUCGAUGAAAUUUUCAGAUGUCGUGAUUGAGAAGAUCCUAAAUUUUGAGUGGUACUGCAAAAUUCUUCUAACUGAUAUCAGUAUAAAUCAACUUGCACUUCCGUCUAUGCCACAGAAUGUCGUCGCAAAAUGGAGGCUCAUUCUUUAUAGAGAAUCGCUUGUUACUGUUGAAGAAUUAGAUAGUGAGGACCAAAAACGGGAGGUAACAUUCACAGUAGCACUGGGAAUAGUAUACCAGACGAUAGAUAAUAUACUCACACCGUCAUGGUGGUCUGACUUAUGGUUGAUUAAAGGGCUUGCCGCUAUUCUUCAUAUACAAGUUCUGGAAGAGAUUUUUCCGAAAUGGCGAUUUCUGGAUUUGUUCGUGGUUCAAGUUCAGCAAGACUGUCUUCGCCUCGACACAAAUUUCAUUAUGAAGCCUCUUUCAUAUGAAGUCCAGACGUCAUCCGAAAUUAAAUCACUUUUCUCUUUUCCAAUUUAUGUCAAAGCACCUGUCAUACUACGCAUGGUACAACAUAUUAUAGGCCACGAGUUUCAAGAGAUUAUCAAGAAUUACCUUAAAUCCUACUACUAUCGAUCUCUUAGUCCUGAUUAUUUAUGGAAUAUGAUGCAAGUUCACAAGAAGAAUCCAAAACUGGGUAACUAUACCAUGAAAGAUAUAAUGGAGACUUGGAUAACACGAAAUAAUCAUCCUAUUGUAUAUGUUUAUCGAAAAGGAAGCAUAUUAUUCAUACGUCAAUCAAAAAAAGUAUUUUACAUCGAUGAUAAAGGCAAUGCCCAAGUGCUACGUCAUUGGUUACCUAUCACUUUUACUACAUGGGAGCAAUUAGACUUCAAUGAUACAACUCCUCGUGAUUGGAUAACUCCGGAUAGCAGUGAAAUAAUUGUCGAACUUAGUAAUAAUACUGGGUGGAUCAUAGUAAAUUUACAACAAACAGGAUACUAUCGUGUAAGAUAUGAUGACACGAGCUUAGAUGAAAUUGCAAAAUAUCUAACGACUAACGAAUAUGAGAAGAUUCAUGUUCUUAACCGUGCUCAAAUCAUCGAUGACACAUAUUAUUUCGUGAAGAGAGGAGUAGUCCCUUACAACAAGUUUAGGAGGCUCAUAAGAUAUUUGGGCCAAGAGAGGGAUUGCGUAGCAUGGUAUCCAAUGUUCCAAAUAUUUAGAGACAUAUCGCGUUUCUUACCAUUUGAAGAGAUCGCAACUUUAAAACGAAAGAUUGAUAUGCGCCAUAUCUUGAAAAGUUUGCUCGAAUACUUAACAUACAACGAACCUAUCGGCGAAGACGAUCUUACUAACAAUAAGUGGUUGCGCCAAGAGGCUGUAAGAUGGGCAUGUAUUUUCGGUGAAUACCAGUGUCAACAAAUUGCUAAAACUAGAUUGGAGGAACACCUAAAAGAUCCCAAAAAUCACAAACUUUCGCCGGAAUGGAGAGAAUGGACGUAUUGUAAAGGUGCGAUGAAAGUGGAUGAGAGUGUUUUGCUAAAAUUAGAAAACUUACACAUAACUGGUUCUAAACUUUUUAAUUAUCUUUCAUGCGCUAAAAAACCCCGUAUUGCUAUCGACAUUUUCUUCAAUUCAUUUCUUAGUUGGAAAGACAGAUAUCCCACUUUUUUCCAUUAUGCCAUCUUUGUAGAUUAUGCAGUGGAACAUACAGAUGAAAGCAUAAAACUUAGAAGACUUAUAGAUGUGUACAAUGCUCCAGAUUCCGUUAAACUAUUAUUUAUUGUUAUAAAUCAUUUAUUUUCUGAAGUUGAAAUUCAACAGAUGGCUGACUUUCUUGAUAAUAUAAAGGAUUUCUUGAGCAAAACAAUACUAAGUAAAAAUCUUGAUGAUGUUAUCAAAAGACGCUCGCGUCAAAUCAAGUAUCAAAAAGGCAGACUUGGAAAGUUAAAAACCUCGUAAUUGCAUCAUUUGUCAGUGACAGAUAAAGAAAAUGUGUUUAUGCAAGUGUAUUAUAAAUAUUGCCACACGUAUUUGCUCAUUAUAAGUUAGUGGUUAAUAAAUAUAUUUAGUUUAGUAGUUUAUUAGCUGAUUAGUUAUUAUAGUAUAUUAUUA